GUUUCUGCCAUCGUGCAACCAAAUCAUGACAAAGCCUAUUUCUUCUAUUGCUUAAUCAAUGGCGCAAUAUACCAAAAUUUCCUCUAUAUAUACGACAGUGAAGGUAUCUCCCUGCACUUCAUCCCAUCAUAUUUCUUCUCUUUGUGCUCGGUAGUUACAGUUGGAAAAUAUGGCUAUCGCCCGUUCCUUGUUGGCUACCUGCUUGCUUUUAUGUUCAUUGCUUGUCAUUGCUUAUGCGAAUGACUAUGGUGGUUAUGAUUCAUCCAAAAGCCCUGCAUAUGAUUAUGGUGCAAAACCAGAAGCAGAACAGAAGACUAACUAUGAAACAAAACCGAUGCCAAAUGGAGAAGAGAAGCCCAAGUAUGGCACCAAGCCAGUCAACCAACAACAGCCAGAAGAGGAAGAAAGGCCUGAUUAUGGCACCAAGAAAAAUUUCUAUAAACUAGAGCUAGAAGACAAGGAGAAGGCAACGCCUGAAGAGCCAGAGAAGCCUGGUUAUAGCACAAACCCACAGCCAGAAGAGGAAGGGAAGCCUGAGUAUGGCACUAAACCACAUCCAGAAGACAAGGAAAAGGAAAUGGCGGAGCCAGAAGAGACAGAGAAGCCUGGUUAUAGCACGAAACCAGUCUACCAAACACAACCAGAAAAGGAAGAAAAGCCUGAAUAUGGCACUAAAAAUAACUUCUACCAACAGCAACCAGAAGAAAAAGAAGGUAAAGAGAAGCCUGAUUAUGACAACAAAGAACAACCAGAAGAAUACAAUAAGCCAGAAGGAGAAGAACAGCCUAAUCUUCCCAUUGGUGUUGAAGGGCUUGUUUUAUGUAAAUCAGGUCCCAAGUAUUCUCCUAUUCAAGGUGCUUUGGCAAGGAUAACAUGCCUAGUUGUUGAUGAGAACGGGUACGAGAAGACUCAUUCGGUUUGCAGCGGAGAAACCGAUGCAAAGGGUUACUUCUUUGCGAGAUUGUCUCCUUCGAUUUCAGAGGACAGAAGUUUAAGCAAGCUCACAGAGUGCAAGGCAUUACUUGAAAGCUCUCCAUUGGAGACUUGUAAUGUUCCCGUGAAUGUCAACAAAGGCAUUAGUGGUGUUCCUCUUUCUGAUUUCCGUAUUCUCAAUCACAUGAGGAUCAAGCUUUACUCCGUUGGACCUUUCUUCUUCACCUCUCAACCUAAUAAUUCAGUCCCUAAUGGUUACUAAAUAAGCAGCUUUAAUUCUAUAUUAUUUUUGUCCGACUGCUUUGGUGUUGAAGAAGGGGAGUGGGGUUUAUUUCUAUUUAAUCGAUUUGUUCUAUUAACGUGUUAAGUGCUUAAUUUGCUUUAUUAAUAUGUCCUACGAUUGUUUUGUUGUACUAAUAAAGUUCAAUGAUUUAUUUCCCUAUUUUCUAAAA